AUGGAGACUAAGCCUGCCUGGGAGCUUUCGAUAGAGAAGCUAGCCAAUGCUACAAAUGAUAAAAUUGAUAGGUUAGCGAGUGCAACUUCCGAGAGAUUUGAGAGGAUUGAGGGAAGAUUGGACCAACUUACUAUAAUGUUUAGAAAUGUUGAGAUCCAAAUUGAGGAUCCUAACCUUGGUGUGUCUUGUGAGAAUAAGGAAGAUGGAAAGAGUGAAAAAAGAGAAAUUAACAAGGAGAAAGAUUACAUAAUUAUUGAUGUGGAUUUACCUAUUUCUAAAGUUUCUCCUAAUGUUAAUACUAAUAUUUCCAUUCCCUUUCCUCAUAAGUUUAAGCAAGCGAAGCAACAGAGGGAGUUUGAUAAAUUUUUGAAGAUUUUCAAGCAACUACAUAUUAAUAUUCCUCUUCUUGAUGGUAUUAUGCAGAUUUCUUCCUAUGCUCGAUUUUUAAAGGAUCUUAUAUCCAAGAAAAGGAAGCUUGUGGAUAAUGAGAUAAUUGCAUUAACAAAGAAAUGUAGUACAGUCAUUCAAAACAAGCUCCCUCCUAAAUUGAAGGACCCUAGUAGUUUUUCUAUACCUUGCACUAUUGGCAAUAUUGAUUUCUCAAAUACUGUAUGUGAUUUAGGUGCAAGUGUAUCUUUGAUCCCUUUAUCUAUUGCCAGAAAAUUGGGGUUAAUUGAACUAAAAGCUACUAAUAUUACAUUGCAGUUGGCGGAUAGAACAAUCAAAUAUCCCAUAGGUGUAUUAGAAAAUGUGCUCAUGAAAAUUGAAAAUUUUGUUAUACCUAUAGAUUUUGUUGUCCUAAAUAUAAAGGAAGAUGUAAGCACACCUAUAAUAUUAGGUAGACCAUUUCUUGCCACUGCUGGUACAAUAAUUGAUGUACAAGAAGGUAAACUUUUAUUUAGAGUGAAUGGUGAAACUGUGAUUUUUAAUGUGUCUAAUGAAAAGUGCAUUCGCUCUACUAACUCUAGUUUAGAGGAUUCACAGGUGACUAUGACCACUCAUGAAAUGGAGCAAAAAGAAGAAGGAAGCACUCCUUGUCAUCAUGAGAAGCAUGAUCAAACUAUGAAGGGAUCAAGGCAUGACAUUUUUAUCAAGAAAAUUGAGAACUUUUCUCCAUUUGAUAAAGUCAAAGGUGAAACAUUGAGUAAAAUUGAGAAGGGUAUGAAUUUCCAACCAUACAAUAUUGAUGAAUAUUAUUUUGAUCAAACUAACAAUCAUCCUAGACCUUUGAUAUUGUUAGAUAAAGGAGAACAAUGCCCUGCUCAUCACAAGGAGAGAUGGUUUGGGAACUUUAAUCCCUAG